AUGCCCUCCUACGCAAUCACCGGCGCCUCCAAAGGCAUUGGCCGCGAAUUCGUCCGCCAACUCGCCCAAUCCCCAUCCAACACCGUCCUCGCCAUUGUCCGCGACCCAGAAUCCCCCGGCAUCAAGGCCCUCGCCCAAGCCCACUCUAACGUCCACCUCAUCAAAGCCAACGUCACAGACCCGCAGUCCAUCCUUGCCGCCGCCGAACAGGCCGCCGCCAUCCUCGACGGCAAGCUUGACGUCCUCAUCCACAACUCAAACUCCGUCGACAUGGCCACCUUUUCGCUGCCCCCGUCAAAGGUCCCCUUUGAUGUUGAGGCUACCAGGAGUUUCUACGAGGAGCCCGUUCGCACCGCUAUUUACGGCGCUGCGUGGGCGACAAAUGCGUUCUUGCCCCUGAUUGAAAAGGGAGACCUCAAGAAGAUUGCACACAUCACCAGCAGCAUGGCAAACACUGAGGUCAUUCUCGGCACUGGUGUCGAUUAUGCCGUGGCCUAUUCCAUUGCAAAGGCCGGCAUGAAUGUCCAGAUCGCAAAGUACGCUGCUGAGCUUGCUCCCAAGGGCAUCAAGACCGUGGCUAUCUGCCCUGGCUGGGUUGAAACUCAUGAAGGCCCAAAGCCUCCUCAGCUCGUCGAGGCGACAGAGAUAAUGCUGAACCAAUUCCGAAAGAUGGAGCCUGACUUGAAGGGACAAAUGCCUGUAGAGGAAAGUGUCUCACAGCAGCUCAGGGUCAUCAAUGGACUCGACGCUGCAAGAAGCGGUACCGUCAUCCGGGCUCGAGAUUUCAAGGCUUGA